AACGAUUCACUUUGGGCCCCAGACGGCUCCCUGCUUAUAGGGACCACAGAUACCGGAAACGUUUCCGGCGACGACAGCGACAUCAGCAGCAGCAGCAGCAGUACCAACAGCAUCACCAGUACCAACAGCAACACCACUGCAAACAACAACAACAACAACAAUGAUGAUGAUGAUGUGCAGGUGGUGGUUGUCGACGAUUUCGAGUCUCUGCUCGAUCUGACCCAGGUUGACGGGGUGUGGCCCAUCGAGCACCCCUUGCCGUUGCCCGCAUGGCACGGUCAGGCCAAGAGGCCCGUAACAUUCAGCAGCAUGGCAGAUUUCGACGAGUUCGUGGCAGAGGUCGAAUCGCAUCUGCAGCGUCUCCUCGAGGAGCACAACUACAACACAGUCGGCAAUUUUGUGGCGCUCUACGAUAGUUUCAGGAAGAGCUCGUGCACGAGUUUCACCGAAUUCUAUCAGAAUUAUGCACCACCGAUAACACCUUCGCAUCACACGUGCGUCGGUCUGGCGCUCGAGCUGUGGUUGAAGCUGAAACACCUUUCGUCGCACCUGUAUCUGGUGUCGUGCGAGGAGAGCAUCGGCGUGUUCGACGAGUACGCCGGUCUGUACGACAGCAUCUACGAGUCGAUUUCUGUGCUGGAGAAGGAGCACGUCCUGCUUGCUGUCAAGGUGGACGUGUGCGGUCGUGCAGGAAUCCUGCUCUGCGAUCCCGGUUACCACAUCGGCAGAGUCGUCGUCGUAAUGCCCGAUGAAUUGCACCCGCACACCGGUUGGUUCGUGCAAUCGCAGGAGCAGAACGUUCGCAAGGAGUACAAUUACGUCUUCUCCUCCCGCAAUCCCAACUUCAUCGAGUGGUACGACCGCACCACCAGGUCUGCAUCCUCGAAGGUGGAGGAGGUCCAUUCGCUGAUCUACAUCAAGAAGCCCUUCCUCACGGCCGUCGACGUCACCGAGCGUCGCAACCUCGUGUACAGUUUCAGGAGUCUCUUAUCGCGCGACCAGAAAGGUCACCUCCUCGCCGGCCUCUACUUCAAGCUGAAAGAAAACUCUGACGAGUUCACCAUCUUCUAUCACGACGACGGGAAGCAACGCAUCAAGCUGAAUUUCGCGACAUUCACAAAUGCGGACCGGAUCAACGAGCAGCUCCUGAACAUCGUCAACUUGUGCAACGACCAGCUGAAUUUGAAACGCGGCGAACUUAUGCAACUGAUCAAGCGUUUAGGAGAUAUCAUGCAGGACAAGGCCUACGUCCGGCAAGUCCUGGACACGAACACCUGCAUCAACAAUAUGACGGAAGUUAACUAGCAUAGAGCAACAUUUCGAUCCUGCAACACCCACCAGAAUACACCCACAUCCACCCGCAUCAGACUCUACCACAUCCCCGUUGCUUUGCUCCUCUUCAUUCUACCCUUAGCACUUCUUUCCCUAACCUAAUCCAACUCUGAAAUAGACCAGUCGCAUCCUAAUUUUAAUGAUUGAUCAUCGCACCAAUUCAUUCUCCUUUUUCAACAUUUUCUCUCUCUCUCUGUUCUUUAAUUCUUGGGUUGCACUAUUAUAUUUGCAAGCUGUUCAGGAAAAAGGAUAAAUUCUAAUGGAGCGAUAUUCACACAUACAAACACUCUUCACAUCCUUCCUAUAUUAAGGAUGCUUCUAGAAACCACAUAUAUAAAAGUGCUGAAUGCUAGUUUGAAUUUAGAGAGAUUAAGCUUAAGAAAAUACAGAGCAUCCGCUUCCAUCCAAUCCACUUACAUUUCUCCUAUUCUUAGCAGAAAUUACAUUUAUUUCCACUAAAAUUCUUCGCUUUUAAAAUGUAUUUGUUCUAAUUGAUU